AAAAGGAGUGCGAAAGAGAAAGAGAGAGAGAGAGAGGAACGAGAUUUGCGGGACCAAAUCAAUGCCCCCAUUGGUCCCUCCCAUGGCGAUUUUUUAGAGAGCAGACGACGACGAAGCAGCAGCAGCAGCAGAAGAAGAAGGAAGAUCGGAGCUUCUAGCAUCACUUUGGGGGAAGAAGACAACCACUCAUUAGGUGACCAAUGGGAGCGAUUGCUGGAGAAGAGCUGAAGAAAAUGGACAAGCCACAGGUGCCUGUAGCCCGCGAUGAGAAGAUAAUGGUUCUGGUCAGACUGAGACCUCUGAACGAGAAAGAGAUCUUGGCUAAUGAAGCUGCAGAUUGGGAAUGCAUCAAUGACACCACCGUAUUGUAUAGAAACACAUUGCGUGAAGGCUCAACCUUUCCUUCUGCAUACACAUUCGAUAGAGUGUACCGAGGUGAAUGCCAAACCAGACAAGUUUACGAGGAUGGUCCCAAGGAAGUUGCUCUCUCGGUUGUCAAAGGAAUCAACUCUAGUAUUUUCGCAUAUGGUCAGACGAGCAGUGGAAAGACAUACACCAUGACUGGUAUAACUGAGUUUGCCGUGGCUGACAUAUUUGACUAUAUAUUUAAGCAUGAAGAUAGGGCGUUUGUUGUGAAAUUUUCAGCUAUAGAGAUCUAUAAUGAGGCUAUCCGAGAUCUUCUCAGCCCGGAUAGUACACCACUGAGGCUUCGAGAUGAUCCUGAGAAAGGGGCCGUCGUUGAGAAAACAACAGAGGAAAUCCUGAGAGACUGGAACCAUUUGAAGGAUCUGAUCUCUCUUUGUGAAGCGCAACGGAAGAUUGGCGAAACCUCAUUGAAUCAGAAAAGUUCUAGAUCUCACCAAAUUAUUAAACUAACGGUUGAAAGCUCUGCUCGUGAGUUCCUUGGCAAAGAAAACUCAGCCACUCUCAUAGCGAGUGUGAAUUUUAUUGAUUUGGCCGGGAGCGAGCGUGCAUCGCAGGCCUUAUCAGCUGGUGCAAGACUUAAGGAGGGUUGUCAUAUCAAUCGAAGUUUGCUGACUCUAGGAACUGUGAUACGCAAACUCAGCAUGGGAAGACAAGGACACAUCAACUAUAGAGACUCCAAGCUCACACGUAUUCUUCAGCCGUGUUUGGGGGGAAAUGCCAGAACCGCCAUUGUCUGCACGCUGAGCCCAGCAAGGAGCCAUGUAGAGCAGACUAGAAACACACUUUUGUUUGCCUGCUGUGCCAAGGAAGUCAUCACAAAGGCACAGAUCAAUGUUGUUAUGUCAGACAAAGCUUUGGUGAAGCAACUACAGCGUGAGCUAGCCAGGCUCGAAAGCGAGCUGAAAAACCCAGCCCCUGCCUCCUCAAGUUGCGACUGUGGGGUUGUGCUGAGAAAGAAAGAUCUUCAGAUACAAAAGAUGGAGAAGCAACUCGUAGAAAUGACUAAACAGCGGGAUCUUGCUCAAUCUCGGCUUGAAGACUACAUGAGGAUGGUUGAACACGAUGAAUCUUCGAAGGCUGGAACUCCACAUUUCCGUAACCGUACCAACAAGUGGGGCGAUGGUUCAGUGUCAGAGACAUCAGGCGUGGUUGAUCCAGACAGGACUAGUUUCAUAUCAGAUGGCACGUCAACGCCUCUGUCGACUGCAAGAGCUCCUGAUAGGUCUCACCCUGACGAGGAUCUAGAGGAAGUACUGUCUCCUUGUCGUUCAGGAGACCAAUCUGAAGAAUAUUGCAAAGAAGUACAAUGCAUUGAGGUGGAAGAAUCAGCGAGUGACAUUGUUAACAACGAUGAAGAAAGGGCAGACGCAGUAACACAUUUGGGCCACAAUGCAACGGCAAACGGUGGAACAGGUGUUGCUCAAAAUAGGAAUCCGUCAAGUGUUAGAAGCGUUAGGGUGAGGAAGAGUUGGAGCCGUGGAGAUACUGCGCCGGGGACAAGCACUCCUCCCAAUGCCCUGGAGAUAGACUACCCUGGAAGACCGGAGGUUCAUGGUAUUGCGUUUCCUGAAUUAGAGUCUGGUCCCGGUAAGAAAUUGUUGAGGAAUGAUUCAAUGUCUUCUCGCGGAAGCGAUUCUACUGAGGCUCUCAGCGUUGGAACACCGAUGGUGGGAGAAGAUGGAGGUAUCACCAGCAUCCGGUCAUUUGUUGAAGGGCUCAAGGAGAUGGUUUCGGAUCCUGAUAAUUCAGGAAAAAUGGGGAAUGAGAUUGGUCUUGAGGCUAUGGAGAAAGAGGUGGGGUCUGGGACAAUGACGAACUGGGCAGAGGAAUUCAACAAACAAAGGGAAGAGAUUCUGGAACUUUGGCAGACAUGUCAUGUGUCGUUAGUGCACAGAACAUACUUCUUCUUGCUCUUCAAGGGAGAUCAAGCAGAUUCGAUAUACAUGGGAGUAGAGCUAAGAAGACUUGCCUUCAUGAAAGAAAGCUUCUCUCAGGGAAACCAAGCCUUUGAAAGAGGACAGACUCUCACAGUAUCUUCAAGUUUGAAGGCACUUCAGAGGGAAAGACGGAUGCUAAGCAAGUUGGUUGGGAAGAGGUUUUCUGUAGAAGAAAGGAAGAGGCUUUAUGACAAGUUUGGGAUCGAUGUGAACUCGAAACGCAGGCGGCUGCAGCUGGCGAACCAGCUAUGGAGUAAACCCAAGGACAUAACCCACGCGGUGGAUAGCGCAGCCGUUGUAGCGAAACUGGUUAGGUUCGUGGAGCAAGGAAGAGCUAUGAAGGAGAUGUUUGGUCUGAGCUUCACGCCUCCACUUGCGACAGCUCGGAGAUCUCUGACCUGGAGAAGAAGCAUGAACACGCUUUUCUAAUAGUGUGAAAAACGCGAUCGUAUUAAUGGUUAUUGAGGUUUGUAUGUGUAAAUCUUCUAGGUGGGAUUUUGUUUUCGGUGUUUGAUGAAAAAAAGAUUUCGUUAGAUGUUUGGACAGCUUAAGAGGAGUGUCUCUGUUUGUUUUGCCUUAAUGGGGGCUUUUGAUUUGGAAACUGACAGGGAUUAUCUGAUUUUGAUGUUCUCAUCUUGAUAGUGGUGAUAUUUUCACGUGAGUCUCAGGAUUGGAUUUUGUUAUGUUUAUUUUAAGCGUUUCAAGCAAUUGCCUUAGAA